AUGAACGACUUUGACGAGUGCGGCCCGAGCGCAGCCAGCAUGUACCUGCCGGGCUGCGCUUACUACGUGGCCCCGUCGGACUUCGCCAGCAAGCCGUCGUUCCUUUCGCAGCCGUCCUCUUGCCAGAUGACUUUCCCUUACUCGUCCAACCUGGCGCCGCACGUCCAGCCCGUGCGGGAGGUGGCCUUUCGCGACUACGGCCUGGAGCGCGCCAAGUGGCCAUACCGAGGCGGCGGCGGUGGCGGCGCGGGGGGCGACCCAAAGGCCGGGACUGGUGGUGGCGGGGGCAGUCCCUGCACCAAGGCGACUCCCGGUCCGGAGCCCAAGGGGGCCGCAGAAGGCGGCGGUGGCGAAGUCGAGGGCCCCCCGGGGGAGGCGGGGACCGAGAAGAGCAGCGGCACAGUGGCCCCCCAGAGGUCCCGGAAAAAGCGCUGUCCCUACACCAAGUACCAGAUUCGCGAACUGGAACGCGAGUUUUUCUUUAAUGUAUACAUAAACAAAGAGAAAAGACUCCAACUCUCUCGGAUGCUCAACCUCACUGACCGGCAAGUCAAAAUCUGGUUCCAGAACCGUAGGAUGAAAGAAAAGAAACUGAACAGAGACCGUCUGCAGUAUUUCACUGGAAACCCCUUAUUUUGAGAGCUCCAAGAAGCGCCCCCUCCCCAGAGCCCCACUCACCCACCCUCCUCCCCACCAGCCUGCCCUCCGCAGGCCCAAUGUCCUUGGGUUCAAUGACGCCUCUUCUCUGUGGAACUUCACGAUUCCUUCUCGCGGUCAACUCGGGACCUCCCAGCGACCACUGCAGCCUGAGGACGAGGCCGGGGACUUGGCCGAGCGGAUCCUAAUAAGGGGAAAAUGGUAAAUGCAAUCGUCCCUUUACAGUUUUACCGCCAAUGUGUUCUUGUCCCUCCUCUCCUGGUGGAUGCGGCGGGAUCUGUAGGGAGUUAGGCCACGGGGCUGGAAGGAGUGGUGUUUGUGUUGAGUUUAAGAAAUCCCUUUCUUCCCCCUCAGUGAACACAGAUUAUUUA